AUGGCAUUUUCACGCCUUACCUCUGGACAUCAGCCCAAUAAUAACGGCUACAGUAAUAGCAACAAGAAAGGACGGAUUCUUCCACUGACUCUUUCCGUUGAUAUAGAAUCACCGCCAUGUGUCCUUUAUGGAUCUGCUACGGAAUCAUCAGGUGCUGUAUUAAGUGGACUUUUCACUGUGACGGUUAUCGAUCCCUACAGUAGUAGCGAAGAUAAGUCUUUAAAGAUUACAGAAUCCAACGUGUCAGCAGCUACUAAAAGCUUAAAGAGAAAGAGCACAUUUGGUUCUGCACUUUCAUCUAGACUGUCGAGCUUGUCAACAUCUACGUCAAAUAUUUCUCUUUCAACGUCUUCUACGUCUACGUCCCAUUCUCCCACACCUGCUAAUUUAAGAAUAAUGGCCGGCUAUACCAAGAUUACAAUCACGUCAGUAACACUAAGUUUGGUACAGAAGAUCCACUUCCAUAAGCCGUUUGUAGCCAAUGUUUCCUCCAUGCAAACCUGUAUGAACUGUAAAACAAAGAUUACGAACAUGAAAAGCUGGGAAAUCCAGAGAAAUACCCAGGAUCUUUCCGUUGGAAGUCACUCUUACCCGUUUUCCUAUCUUAUACCAGGGUCUGUCCCGUGUUCUUCAUCACUCGGUUCUACGGCUGAGACUCAAGUCAAAUACGAACUUAUUGCUGUUGUAACAUACAUGGACCCCUAUAGAAAUUCCCUCUCCCCUGGUCAUUCCACUCCCAGGAAGGAGGGAAGCUCUCCUAAGAAACAGUUGUUACAACUAGUGAUGCCCAUUGCUGUGACUCGGAGUAUACCGCGUGGGCCUGAUAAGAAUUCUUUAAGAGUAUUCCCUCCCACCGAAUUAACUGCCGCUGCGGUUCUUCCUAAUGUUGUUUAUCCUAAAUCUACUUUUCCCUUGGAGAUGAAAUUAGAUGGCGUUUCUUCUGGGGAUAGGAGAUGGCGAAUGCGUAAAUUGAGUUGGAGAAUUGAAGAAACCACAAGAGUUAAAGCACAUGCUUGCCCAGUGCAUAAACAUGAAUUGAGACAACUAGAAGAGCAGGUUAAAAUAAAAGAAUCAGAAAAAGGUAAAAAGCCACGUAGUCAUAUCAAGCGUUAUGGUGAACUAGGCCCACAAAUCCGAGUUGCGGUAAAUUCUUUAGAAAAUAUGCCGUCUCAAAGGCUUCCAGGCGAGCCAGAUCGUGAACAAGUACCUAGUUCUUCGGGUCCAGCUUCAACUGGUAAUGUUGGACUGGAUGAUGAAAAUCCUGUUAAUGAAGAUGAGGAAGAUCAACCUGGUAGUGAAUUCAUUCAUCCUAGCGAUGACGCUUUACGUCAAGAGCUACUAAUGCAACAACAGCGUGCAAGACAGCAGCAACUUCAACAAGAGUUAAAAAACAAUAGCAGUUUAUUUACAGAAGAAGUUCGGAUAAUUUCCAAGGGAGAAAUGAAGAGUGGAUGGAAGACUGAUUUUGACAAUAAUGGAAAGAUUGAGCUAGUUACUGAAAUAGACUGCAUGGGACUUAAUUCAGGCGUCUCUAAUCCGGUAAUGCAUGCAUCAACACUACAAACUCCUACCACGAGCAAUAAGAAAUCCAGCAUCAAUGUGGCUUGCGAUAUACAGGAUCCAAAUUUAGGUUUAUAUGUAAGCCAUAUCUUGGCAGUGGAAAUAGUUGUUGCAGAAGAAACAUUACAAUAUGCAAAUGGGCAACCUAUACGUAAACCAAACUCUAAAAACAAGAAAGAAACUAAUAGCGGUACAAUGAAUGUUCAUAAUCCUGAUCAACGUCUAGCAGAAUUAUCUCCAAUGUUUGCAAACAGAAAUACACCAAAGGUACGGCGCAUGGAGCCUGAAGAUAUAACGCCGGUGAAUAGUAAUAAGUCUAACCAUAGUAUCAAUAAAGAGAAGGCAGCUAAUGGUACUAAUAACUCCAAUAUAGUGAGUGUUCCUACUGGUGCUGCACGUGUUUUAAGAAUGCAGUUCAGAUUAACGAUUACUGAAAGAUCAGGACUUGGAAUCUCCUGGGAUGAAGAAGUUCCUCCCAUUUACCAAGAUGUCAAGCUGCUCUCACCCCCAUGUUAUGAACUCUCUAUAAUUAAUAGAACUAAGAACAAACUUUAUUCAACAAUGAGUACUCCUGUUAGAUCAGAAAAUGAUUUUGGGGGUAGCAGUGAUGACGAUAAUGGAAAUGAUGACAGCCAAGGAGUCGAAUCUGGUCCCAACAUACAGAAAGUAACAAUCACACAAAAUAAACUAACGAUACCACCAACUGCACAUCAUUAUCACCCUGCUUCCACUUCACAAAGAUCUCUUACCACAGUACAAUCACCACCACUGGAAAGUGUUGUUAGCGUCCAGGGUAGCGUACCUUUUCGUGGACAAGUGUUAACACCACAUAGCACAAGAGAUAUCAGAAUACAAAACUUUUCCGAUUUUCUAGAUUCCAAUAGAAUAACUCAGUAG